CUCUUACUCGAUCGUCGAGUGCACCAAAUAACGGCGAGGCUUACUCACGAGUCUUCAGCGCUCAGCCUUGGAUAACAUUCUAGCAUGGUAUCUAGUGGUCUGGCCAAUCAAUAAUGGGCGCUUCCAAGCACACAUGGUUCAUCGUUAAUAAUAACCGUCAUCGCCGCAACAUGCAGUAGUGGGCGCCUGUCUAUCUUUCGUGCCACCCACCACCCUCCUUGUUCCAUUUUCACCAAGGCAUUACCCACCUAGCCAUCCUCCCCGCUUACUAGAUGAAUGAAAACAAUCCUCCUUGGAAGAAACGUUGGGAGUGGUUGAAGCCACAUUCAGACCCACAUUCGGUAGAGGACAGAGGCAGGAAGGGAGCCAGUCAAGAUCCAUCCUCUCUCUCGCCUUCGAGGAGUGGGUCUAGUGGACGAUCCUCGGGGUCAGUUCGCAAGCUCUUUAGCAAGGUGACCAAGGGCUUCGCUCGAAGCGCUCAACAGUCCCCCAACCCUGAACCCACUCAGUCCAACAAGGAUCUCACUGCUCCCACUUCUGAAGCAUAUCGCGAGCAGUCUUCCGAUUCUGGGAUUGUAGCUAAGGUAAGUUCGACCAACGAAGCCGAACAUCUGGACCCGAAGUUUGUGAACGAAAGAAUCGCCAAUGCUACCAAAGGUGUUGCAGGCAUCGGCCAGGUCCCAACAAUAGUCAAAGAUGCUUCUUCCACGGUCAACAACCUACCAUCUGUUUCUGAUACAAUCGAUACGUUCUCCCCGUUGCUUAGACCCUUGAAGGCAUUCAGCUCCAUUGCCAACGAAAUCGCAAAUGUCCAUCCCUACGCGAAGGUGGCACUGAGUAUCUUCACUUGCGCGUCCAAGAUGAUUCUCGAUCAGGCAGACCGCGAUGUCGCAGUUUCCGGUCUACUCUCAAAGAUAUCUGAAGUCUAUACUUUCAUCGCCGAAGAGGAGGAAUUGGCCAAGAUCCAACCCAUGCUAGCGAUAUAUGGGAAGAUAGCGCAGCAAACACUGGAGUGCACUGAUUUUAUCAGCCAUUACUCUGAGACGAAGAACGCCUGGAUAAGACUCGGCAAGCACGUUUUCGACGAAACGGACGAAACGAUUCAGAGCUACAACAAUGUUCUGGACAGUCUCAUGCAGCAAUUCCGAGACCAAGCGGCUCGUGACACCGUCGUGAUCGUUCACCGUAUGGGUGAGAUUCUGGACCUUGCAGGGAUGGAGUACGCAACGGGCGCCGGAUUGAAUACGUCUAAAUGCUGUUUGUCAAAUACUCGGCGAGACCUUCUGAAGGACAUUCAGAAUUGGAUCAGCAGCACCGAGGAGGGCGCUCCACGUGUUCUAUGGUUGUCUGGCACAGCAGGCAAGGGCAAAUCGGCUGUCGCCCAUACAAUAGCCAACUGGUAUAUCGAAAACGGUGGUCUUGGCUCAUGCUUCUGCUUCGAUCGCACUCGGCAAGUGGAUCGGCGUCAGGACAAAAUAUUCACGACGAUCGCAAGGGAAUUGGCGGACUGCAACCCUAUCGUGCGACGAGCCUUGGCCCGAGCAGUUCGUGAUCACGACGGACUCAAGCGCACUCCAGAUAUCAUAAAGCAAUGGCAGGAACUCAUCGUCGGACCAACAAACACGACCUCAAAUGCCAUCGCUGCACCCGUGCUGAUAGUCAUCGAUGCGUUAGACGAGAGCGGCGAAGCCAACUCUCGGGAACAAAUUCUUCGUCUGCUCGCUGGUAAACUGAACACUUCCACCUCACAACCAUGCAAACUGCCAGCGAACUUCCGCAUUCUCCUCACCUCCCGUCCACUCGAAGACAUUCACAACACUCUGGACGCCGCACCGCAUGUUCGCCACGUUUCUUUAGAUGGCAUCUCGUCUGCAUCCACAG